AUGGCGGCAAAUGGCGGCAAUCAAUCAAUGGGUUCCGAACUGGUCCAGAAAUACGUAGGCGAAGGCGCUCGUAUGGUGCGAGAACUGUUUGAGAUGGCGCGCAGCAAAAAGGCGUGUCUCAUUUUCUUUGACGAAAUUGACGCCAUUGGAGGUGCCAGGUUUGACGAUGGCGCUGGUGGGGAUAACGAAGUACAACGAACUAUGUUGGAGUUGAUUAACCAGUUAGAUGGUUUCGAUCCCCGUGGUAACAUUAAGGUGCUGAUGGCGACGAACCGUCCCGACACGCUGGACCCGGCUCUAAUGCGUCCCGGUCGUCUCGACCGCAAAGUGGAGUUCGGACUGCCCGACCUUGAGGGACGUGCGCACAUCUUCCGCAUUCACGCGCGUUCUAUGAGCGUCGAACGCGACAUCCGCUUCGAUCUGCUGGCGCGACUCUGUCCCAACUCCACGGGCGCGGAGAUCAGAUCUGUGUGCACGGAGGCGGGCAUGUUCGCGAUCCGCGCUCGACGCAAGGUUGCUACGGAGAAAGAUUUCUUGGAGGCCGUCAACAAAGUCAUCAAGUCCUACGCUAAGUUCUCGGCCACGCCGCGCUACAUGACCUACAAUUAA